ACCGAGAGUUGGCGUCGCUGCUACUGCAGGUAAAGCGGGACAGAUUUGUCAACAAGAUUUGAUGCUUUUGGUGGUAUGCGCAGGAAAAUGAGACGGAUCCGCUAACGAGCUGCGGUGCACUUCGGCGCGAUACACAGAGAGCGGCUGUCGAACAGACUGAAGGAAAGAGAGAGAGCAACAACACCUUGUCUUGGCGAGAAAGAAAAAAAGGAACGAGAUCCCGUUGUCACCGUUUUGUCGGAAGCACGCAUUUCUUCGCCAAGGAAUUUCGAAAGCUGCGGAUUUUUUUGUGAAACAUUAUCCAACAAAGGAUGAAAUCUGCUAAAAGAGCCUUUGAAGAGGAGCAUGGUGGAGAGACGGAGUUUUCCGCCAUGUCGGACAGUGACCCCUGCGAGGAUGACAAUUACCCGCUUAAUCUUUCCACUGGUUCCGGAGGAGCAGGGGGUUCCGCCAAGCGCCGCCGUCGUGGAAACCUGCCCAAAGAAUCCGUUCAGAUUCUGAGGAGUUGGUUGUACGAGCACCGUCUCAAUGCCUAUCCUUCUGAGCAGGAGAAGCUCAGCCUAUCUGGGCAGACUAAUCUGUCUAUCUCACAGAUCUGUAACUGGUUCAUCAAUGCCAGACGACGGUUGCUUCCUGACUUGCUCAGGAAGGAUGGAAAAGACCCCACUCAGUUCACCAUUUCCCGGCGCGCUGGCAAAACAGACAGUCGACCUAUCGGCUCUUCUUCUCCAGACCAUGGUAUCCCUCCUUCUGUGCCCACAUCUCGCCCCUCUGUCAUUCGGCCUGCCCCUACGCUGGAUUUGAGCAUGUUGGGUAAUACAGCGACGGCCAUUCUGGCGGGGGCUGGCUGCCUGGUGGGUUCCAGUUUGACAAAUCGAGAUGGAGGUGUCAAGGCUCUUAUGCAGAUGGACACUCAGGGUUUGUUGAAAAAAGAGGGUUUAGCUGGCUCUCCUAACCCCAGCAUCACUACCAUUCCACCCUCUUUAUCCAGCAGUUCAAGACUGGGUACGAUGAGCCCUAAUGGGGUGCUGUUCAACACGCCACCCCCUACCCCACCAGAGCUCUGCCCUCACGAUUUCAGUGACCUGAAGCUGUUGGUGGACGCAGCGCUACAGAGAGCAGCAGAGCAGGAAAGCCAGAGACAGAAGGAGCAGCAACAGCAGCCACCUUCAGCCACAGCACCCCCUGCUGUUUUGGGAGCAGAAUCUCUGAGCAAGGACCUAGAGCAAGAAAGGAGCAGCAGAAGCUUGGUGUCCAGCAGCCAGUUGGACUCUGCUCUGAGCUUGAAGGAGAAGGGUGUUCUCCCAGUGUCUGUGCCAGUGUUAAAUGCUUCAGCUCUAGCACCCCCUUCUGGAGGGCCCAGUGUCAGCUUGGCUUUGGUGCCCCAGAGGGUCACUUCAGCUGUGAGUUUCCAGCCAAGCAGUGUGUGGAGUGUGGUCCACAGCCCAGUGCGACCAGCCAGUCCAAGCCCAAGCAGUGUCACGCACACCUGGAGCUCACAACAUACACUCCAUGCAGUCAGGGAAACGGUAAAUUGAGAGAAAUUACUCUAGGACACGUGCAUGUAAGCACACUCAGUUAUAAGGGACAAAAAAAAAAAUCAAAGUACAUUCCCUUUCAACCAUUUAAUGAAUGCAACAUCUCUGCUGUGGAUUCUCAUAUUCAUGUAGUUGUCGAAGUCUCUUAUUUAGGUUGAAGUAGGACAACCAUGUGACAGCAAUGUUACUGUUGACUUUGGUUGCCCUAAUAUUCCCCAGUUGUCAUGGAUGUGCUCUGAUGGUUGCUAAACAACCAGCUGGAAACUCCUUGUCUGUGUGUCAGAACCUGAUUGUAGAAUCGGACACCAAGAUCACCUUAUAUUGACAAAAAGGAUGUUUUUUUGUUUUUUUUUUGUGUGUGGUGUUUUUUUUUUUUGUUUUGUUUUGUUUUUUAAAGCAGCAAAACUUUUAAAUGACUUGAGCAUUUUCAUUACAUGAGAGGUAUUUAGUGUCCUAUCACUUCUGCACAAUAGCAAUUGAGCAUUUGAUAAUAUUGGGCCUAAAAGGGGAAGAAACUCUAAAAACCUCCAAACCAACGUACCUUUCUCCAAGAAGGAAAAUACUAAACUGGGCAUUUUCAGAUUCCUACUAACAGUUUUAUCCUGAACUUCCAUAAACACCAGCAGAGUUAGUCAUGUGGUACAAGAUGCAUUUGUUAUUUGUGUUUUCUAUAUAAGAGAAGAUACUUUUUAAUUAAAAUGGUGGAAUUUGCUUUCAGGACCGACAUUUGGAGUUAUACAAGUGGCCUUGUUCAGUAUUUGCCUUAGAAAUUUGUGAAAGUUCUUCUAUACUUAAGAACUGCAGUUAGAUUGUGUUUGCCUGUAUGCACCAAUGUCCUGUCCUAGGGUUAGAUCAGUAGACUCUUAUGUAGCAUGGCUAGCUAAUUUUAUGUGUCUCUUGAAUGCUCCUAGAAAACCAGCAUGCUAAGUGUCUGAUUGCUGGUGCUGUGAAAAUCAGCAUCUGUUGGAGAACUGAGGACCAAGCACCUGGAUGUAAAAUCCCUGUUCAGUCUAGGAGUCGAUUUACUGUGUGUCCUAAAACCUCCUCUCAUAGUGUAGCCUCGUAUGUUAUUUGAUACCUCGUUCCAGUUGCCUGAAACCACUGCAAAUGAAACCACUACUUCCAAGGAUCACUUUUUUUUUUUCAGACUUUCUCUCACAUCUGUGUUUUCGUAUGGUCAUUUGUACAUUCUGCACUUUAUUUCUAUAUCUUUCAUUGCUGCCAGUACUUGUAAACACGAUCAUGUUCAAUGUAAACUCAAACCCUCUUACCCUGUUCUUUCCCAAAUUAAGGUCAGAGAUUUUUUUUCUUACUCAGUCAUCCCAAAUCGUCUUCCAUAGCCCAGUCUCUGCCUCUUUGUGUGCAGUGUCUAAAGAUGAGAGCGAUGAGACAGAUGGGUGGGAAAUUGAUUGUACUGCAGAGCAUAUAGCUCAGCAUGACUGCGCCUCUGCAGCCUCUGUCCAGAGAGAUGGCAGCCGAGUGGUCAUCGAUUUCUUCAGAGUCAUGCUGUAUUUUGCCUUUCUGUGUCAGACACAUUUUAACUGGGUUGUAGAUUGUAGUCCUUUUACCAAAUUAAAGGUGGUUGGUCAUGGUGUUAUAGGGCUGUGGCACACUGACCCAGUGUUCUCCAGAAAACACUUCCAGAAUAAGCAGCAUGAAGGAAAAUAUUUUCGAACAGCGUGACUGGAGGACCACCUUUAUAGGAGACGGAAACCGAGGGCGGGAGUCCAGCGCGGGUUUGCGUUUUCUUUGCUCCAACAUUCCAACCGAACCUGACCGUCAACUCAGUCAAAUCAAGUGUGCUUGAUCAGGAAAAACUCCAAACUCUGCAGGAAUCCAGUCUUUCACAACCAGCGAUUCCCAACUCUGUUCUAGAGACUUCCCCAUGAUCACACACUGGUGCACAAACCUAACUUUGUGUUUGUUGGUGUUUAGAAAACUUUGGGCUGGCGUGCUCCAGGUUUUAAAGGGAACACCGCCUCAUUUUGCUUCCAUGAGAGAUGCCAUUAAUGUUUUAUCUUGUUUGUAUCUGAUAUCUGAAGACAGUACAAGAGGGAUCAGAAGUGAGAUGUUUCAGUGAUCAGUAUGGGAACUCUGUUGCUGUGAGCCUGUUGUGUUUCUCCAAGACUUGAGGGACGGAGUCACAAGUAGUAUUUCCAUACAUGUAUCGGCUGAUACUGUUAUUUUGGAGUUUGUACCUUUUUAAACCUGUAUUCAGUAAUGGGCAAAAGUGUACAGAUUGUCUACUUAUGUAUUGCUAGAGGUUAAAAAGGAUGCUUUAUGGACAGCCACAAAGUAUGUCUGUGCGUGGUAUGCGUUGCUAUCAUGACAUUGAUGUGUUUGUGGUUGGCCUGUGUUCAGCCUUGGUCUGCAUGCUGGUAGGCAUUAUUUUUAAGCCUUCUAAAACCUUUUAUGGGAUGGUGUGGGACACAAACCCACUUGAAACAAUGUUUCACUUCACUUUCCUCAGUUUGUUGCUGAUUUUAUUGUAACCCCAGCCCUCUGAUAGUGGCCUCAUGUUUUUUUCUAUGGUCAUAGUUUCCAUGAAACUGUUGUCAUGUGUUAUUGCCGACAUGCCUUUUCUGUCCUGAUUUGUGUUUUUAAAAAAAUUCUGUUUGUGCCUCUCUAAGCAUGAGGUAUAUGUAUUUAAUGCAUAUUAUCUUUCAGUUUACUUACUGUGGUGCCAUUUUCUUAUGCUUUUUUUUUUUAAACCAGUUUCCAUCAAACUAAGCUAACUCAAUCUUGUGCUCUAAUCAUGCAAAUGCUGUGUAAAGAUCUACUCUUAUGUUUUCUAAUAAUGUGUAUGGUUAUAUAUGAUGAAGCUGGCCUUUUAUCAGUACUGUUUUGUUUUGUCUGAGCAUUUCUGCAGUACUGUAACCAUUUCAAUGUGGUGUCAUUUUCUGUUAUUGAUUGUCAGCUUUGAGCUAGUCUCUCAGGUUGGGGUUGUCAUUUGGUCCUCUAGUACAGUGUUGAGCCACUGGGUUAUGAAUAGUGAGUUUAAAAGGGUGUUUAUUUGAGAAUGGGUAAUGCAUUAGGCUAGUAUUUGACUCAGAAGCCCAGCUUUGGCUCUCUGAAUGCAAAACCAUGACACGUUUUUGUGUUCAACUACAUGAUUAAACCCAGUGUACCACUACUUCAGAUACCACUGUGAGCAUUCCGUUAGUUGCUGACUUACUGGAACAAUGAUGGGUACUGGAUGAAUCCGUAUAUUUUUAAAAGAUGCUCUAUUUUUUCACUUCGGUAGAACGACUGAUGUUAAUAUUCUAGAUACUCUAUCUAUUUAGCUGAGAAUGGGUCUUGUAGAUGCCAAUGUUAAGUGCAUGUAAAUAUUUACUGGGUCAGGUUUUGUCUUUUUGGCAUAGUUCUCAUUUUUACUAUAUAUAUAACGUGUAUCUUUUCUCUUUCUCCUUCUCUCUCACCAAAUACAUUAAGAUGGAUGUAAAUAAUUUGUUUGACAUUUCAUGUAAUAUCAUGUGUAUCAAGUAAAUAAGUAUGGACAGUAAACUUGGCAUUUGUGCCUUACCUGAGAACAAGGGAAUCUUCCCAGCUUUUCUAGAAAUUGGACUAGUCUGUGCAAUAUCUGCCUUAAACUUGUGACUUUUUUUUUUUUUCCUUUUUCCUUCCCUCUUUUUGUACAAACAUUUCAGAGAAAUAAAGUCAAAUUUUCAUAUAAA